AUGUCCGCCAAUGCAACCAGCGUACAUAACGUACGGGCAAGCCGGGCUUCCAACAUGGGUUCAUCAGGGAUGAACGACCGCAACCGCGGAUCUCACAGCAACAAUGUCGGCAAGGGCUUCGGCGCUGGGAAGUCUACCUGGAACAACAACAUCUGGGGUGACUCGAACCUAGGCGGAUUCGGAGAUGAUCAACACAUCAGCGAGACAGCUUUCGAAGGCAAGUCAGGCUCAGGCUCUCUAUUGUCGACAUCGGAGUCCGAUGGCUGGUCAGGACGCGCCAACCUUCCCUGGAGUACUGUCAAUAGUGGCAACUCUACCUUCCAAAACCGUGGCCUGGCCACCUCUCCGAUUCAGACGCGUGCCAAUGACCGCAGCGCGCCCGUCAUGAACGAGGCUGGUGAUAGCUCCUACUUUUCUCUUCCUCGCACUACUGGCAUCGGCACCUCAGCUGGCACCGCAAGCCAGCGUCCAUACCUUAACGCUGCCUCUGAGGGUGUUUCCCCGUCCGGCGAUGGCAUGACAUUUGGUGGAUUCGCUGGUCGACGACAGAUGAACUCCGGUCUUGGGGGAAGUCCUGUGGGAACGACCUUUCCCGUCAAAGCUGGAUUCCCGAACGCGCUUGAAGGCGCGCGCCAGGAUGACAUGGCCGCCUCCAUGGGGAUCUCCUCGCUAGGCUCUGGAAUCCAGGAUUCCAUCUCUCCACCCCAAGGCCGCAGCAGUCUCUCUCACGUUUCUCACAACUCUGCUUCCUACGCCGCUCAACGGCCAGCUCACUCCGCUCAUCCUUCUUUCUACUCGGAAAACCACAGCGUCGAUGGCCGCUAUGGCGGCUCCAUGGAUCUCAACUCUGGAUUCAACAAGCUUCAGCUCGACGGUAACUACCCCCAGGGUGUGCAGCGCCCUGCUUACGUCGCCCACGCCUCCUUCGAUGGCACAUUUCCUCGUGUGAAGUAUCAGAAUAACGACGAUGCUGCCUACCAAGGACUAGGCUACACUGCUGAAGCCGCACAGGACAUGCACCUUGCGUAUCAAGCUCGGUCUCGCACUGCUGAUACCGGCUCCAUUUCGCCCUCGGACUACGCUCGCAUGGAUAGCCCUAUUUACACCGGUGUGGAUGGCACUGCCCAGUACCGGAAUGCCGGGGGUCGCGUUGCUGAUAGCCAGGCGGCUGCCUUCGAGCGUCGACUGCGCACCCUCCAUGAACAGGAGCUUGCCCAAGCUUCUGCUAAUGCGGGCCAGCGCAUGCAGUAUUCCCCUGCUUAUGAUUACCAAGGCUACCAGACUGCUCGCCUCAACGCUCUGUCAGGAUUCUACCCUGUGGCUCACCUGGGUGGACUGGGCGCAACUGCUCUGGUCUCUCGGAAUCAACGCGACCAUGACCCCACCCAGGUUGUUCGCAGCCCCCUUCUUGAAGAGUUCCGCGCCAACAGCAAGGGGAACAAGCGGUAUGAGCUGAAGGACAUCUACAACCAUGUUGUUGAGUUCAGCGGAGAUCAGCACGGAUCGCGCUUCAUCCAGCAGAAGCUCGAGACUGCGAACAGUGAUGAGAAGGAGCAGGUGUUCCGCGAGAUUCAGCCCAACUGCCUUCAAUUGAUGACUGACGUCUUCGGAAACUACGUCGUCCAGAAGUUGUUCGAGCAUGGCAACCAGACCCAGAAGAAAAUUCUGGCAAACCAGAUGCGCGGCCACGUAUUGGCCCUGUCUACUCAGAUGUACGGAUGCCGCGUUGUGCAAAAGGCUCUCGAGCAUAUCCUCACCGACCAGCAAUCUGCCAUGGUCAAGGAGCUGGAGAACCACGUCUUGAAGUGUGUCCGUGACCAGAAUGGUAACCAUGUUAUCCAAAAGGCCAUCGAGCGUGUUCCUUCGCAGUAUGUCCAGUUCAUCAUCAACGCUUUUCGCGGACAGGUGAACCGUCUUGCUGCCCACCCAUACGGCUGCCGCGUCAUCCAGAGAAUGCUGGAGCACUGUGAGGAGGUCGACCGCCAGUCCAUUCUGGCUGAGCUGCACGCUUGCACAUCCAACUUGAUUCCUGAUCAGUUCGGCAACUAUGUCAUCCAGCAUGUGAUUGAGAACGGUGAUGAAAAGGACCGCACUCGCAUGAUUGACAUUGUCAUGGGUCAGCUCCUCGCUUACUCCAAACACAAGUUUGCUAGCAACGUUGUUGAAAAGAGUAUCGAGUUCGGUGCGCCACAUGAGCGCCACCAUAUCAUCUCUACGUUGACAUCUCCCAACGACCGUGGGGAGAGCCCUCUGCUUGGUCUCAUGCGUGACCAGUAUGGAAACUACGUUAUCCAAAAGGUCCUCGGUCAACUCAAGGAGGCAGAGCGUGAAGCGCUCAUUGACCAGAUCAAGCCGCUUCUCAGCCAGCUGAAGAAGUUCAGCUACGGCAAGCAGAUUGUCGCUAUUGAAAAGCUCAUCUUCGACCCAAACUCCCCUGCGACCGUGCCUAUGUCCCACACUACCUCGACCACUCCCCCUAACUCUCACAAGUCCUCUCCUCAACCCAUCAAGCGCUCACUCCCCACGGAACAGCCACGGGCCUUUGUGGGCAACGCACCCCCCACACCUCCCCCCACAGACCCCCAGAGCACGGUCGAUAGCUCCCUCGAGACCAAGGGCCUCGCUAAAAGCACAGUGACCUCGGUCUCCAGUCCCGAGACGGGCAGCACCGGUGUUACCGUCUCGGUCGAUGUCACCAGUGCCCACUAA